GACUCAGGAAGGCCGCCAGCAUAGCAGUCGAUGUUUGCAAUUGUUUUAUGUUGCUUACUUUAGACUCAAAUGUUUAUACAAACCGAACAGAAAAAAUUAUUUGAUUUAUAAGACUCAUAGCUUUCUUCAGUACGGGAAUGGAUGACGGAUACGUCCAUGAGGUUCCUAGUAGUUUAAAACAAUUGGCCCGACUGGUUGCUAGGGCAUUCUAUACGAUCGAGGAUGCGUUGAUUAUUGACAUGCUUGUCAGAAAUCCAUGUAUGAAAGAGGAUGACAUUUCUGACUUAUUGAAAUUUGAACGUAAAAUGCUAAGGGGACGGAUUUCAACAUUAAGGAGUGACAAGUUUCUCCAAACACGUCUGAAGAUGGAAACUGUGGAUGGAAAAUCUCAAAAAGUCAACUAUUACUACAUUAAUUACAAAAUUUUUGUCAACAUUGUCAAAUAUAAACUGGAUCACAUGAGGAAGAAAAUGGAAACAUCUGAGAGGGAUGCCACAAGCCGAGCAAGCUUCCAUUGUCCGUGUUGUAAAAAGAACUUCACAGAUUUGGAAGCUGACAGACUAUUCAAUCCAAACGAUCCUUUUGGGGAAUUCAAAUGUAACUUUUGUGGUGCUGUUGUUGUAGAGGAUGAGUCAGCCGUACCCAAGACAGAUUCGCGGCAACUUAUGGCGCGAUUCAACGAUCAAAUGGAGCCACUUUACAAAUUACUAAGAGAGGUGGAAGACGUAAAACUCGCGCCAGCUUUGCUUGAACCUGAACCCACAGAUAUAUCCCAUCUACAAAGAGAUGCUGACGGUAAAAUCAAGUCUAAGGGGCCUUUGGGAGAAAACUGGUCUGGAGAGGCGACAAGAGGAGGAGGCUUCCGACUGGAUGAACAACGGGUGGACGUUACUAUCGGCGAUAAUGCCGUUGUCAAGAAAGGAGAAGUUCGCAAAGAAGCGCCAAUCUGGAUGAGAGAAAGUACGGUCGACAACGAAGUUGCAACUACCAGUAGUGAAAUUGUUGCGGGACCUGCCAUAAUCGACGAAAUGGAAAUAGCUAGCCAGACUACCGAGAAAAAUCGUAAUCAAGAGGACAUCAUGUCCGUCCUCAUGGAACUUGAAAAGCAAAGCACAAAAGCCGCAGUUCCUGGUGACUCAAGUGAUGAUGAAGCGGCGGCCAGGUCUCUGCUUGAACAAAUUACUCCAGCAACCGACACUGUGCAACGUCAAGUCCAAUAUGAUAGCGACGUGGAGUUGAUGGAUAGCGAUUCUGAAGAAGACGUCCCUAUGGUCCGAGUGGGAGACAUGGAAUUCCCUGUACAUGAAGUUCCAUCCGAACAGAUUGCUCGAAUGACACCAUCUGAAAAGGAUGCCUACGUCCAACUUCACCAAGAAUACAUGGAACGAAUGGGAUAUCUCGAUUAACCCUCAUCUGACAGCUGUGGGAUGUUCCAGAGUGGUACCUGGUAUAAUGUGUCAUCCGCUCGCUAGAUGGACACCCGUUAUCUCUAUCAAUCAUUUCAUCUAUCAAGGUACUGUGCGAAAGCAAAGAAAUAUUCUUUUUCUUUCCCGUUUUUUUCUUUUCUUUCGUUUUCUCUUCCAUUUGCAUUUGAAAUGAGCAACGAGAUAUUCCUCAAAAUUUACAAACUCUAAUGAUGCGAUUACACUAUGAUUGAAUUUUUAAA